AUGUUACUCCCCAACUCCGCGCGCCUCUCCCGCGCGCGAUUACCCAAAUGCUGCAGGACAUACAUCGACAGUCGGCGCCAUGGGACCUUGUCGCCCGCUAGCUUCCGUCCAUCUGCGGUGAUGCAGCAUAGUCGUCCCUCCCGGCAACUUCCUUUGUGCGCGGCACAGAUAGUUCCGGUACGCAGCUCGCAGGUCUAUUCUACGGCGAUACAUCCGGAAGCGAGCCGAAAAUUGACAAACCCAGUCACACAUUAUACCCCUCCCCAGACGGGCUUGAUCGCUUCUUUGCCACGUUCCUGGAUACCAUACGCGGAAUUGAUCCGACUCGAUAAACCCACGGGCACAUACUAUUUGUUCUUCCCGACGCUCUUUUCCACCCUUCUUGCUGCCCCCAUGGCCACCGGUAUAAACCCGAUGCAAGUGUUUGGAACAGCAGGGCUCUUCUUUACGGACCCUCAUGUUGAACGAACAAAAUUCCGUCCCAUUGCCAGGGGGGCCCUUUCGCCGCGACAUGCAGUGCUCUUCACCGGCACUCAAUUGCUGGCCGGACUCGGUAUACUCCUUCAAUUCCCUACCCUGUGCCUUUGGUACGGGAUUCCGAGUCUACCAAUUGUGGUUGCAUAUCCAUUAGCCAAGCGCGUCACCAACUACCCCCAAUUCGUCUUGGGCCUAGCCUUUUCGUGGGGCGCAAUUAUGGGAUUCCCAGCAUUGGGAGUGGAUCUAAUGGCCAAUCAUGAUGCCCUUCUGGCCGCAGGGGCUCUGUAUUCUAGCUGCGUGGCGUGGACUGUGCUGUACGACAUGAUAUAUGCGCAUAUGGACAUCAAGGACGACGCGGCUGCCGGGAUCAAGUCAAUCGCUCUCCGACAUGAGCAUAAUACCAAGGCAGUCCUGACUGGCUUAGCAUUGGUCCAGGUGUCCCUCCUCGGGGCCGCAGGGGUUGCCGCAGGCUGUGGCCCCGUCUUCUUCGUCGGCAGCUGUGGCAGUGCUAUUCUAUCGCUGGGGCUCAUGAUUUGGAGGGUUCAGUUGAAGAAUGUGAAGAAUUGCUGGUGGUGGUUCAAGAAUGGAUGCCUCCUGACAGGUGGCGGCAUCACCAUGGGUCUCCUCGGCGAGUAUGCCACACAGAACCUGGGUUUGUAUGAUAGCACCAGACCAGAGUCCGAGACGAUGUAA